AUGAAGCUUCCUGGAAUUGCCCUACUUGUCCUUGGCGUCUCGUCAUCCAUCCGCUCGUCUGCUGGCUUCGUUUCUCCAUCGAUCAAGGCAGUUGCCGGAAGGAACACGCAACAACAAUUGUUCAAGAACUUGUUCGGCACUGCUGCUGGUUCCAGUAAGUACCCCGUCAUGGCAGAAGAAUCUGUCAUGGGUCCAAAGGCACACGGAACCAGUGAAAAGCCAGUCCAAAAGGACUUGAAAUGGAACUGCGACUUUGAAGUUGCCGACCGCAUCUGCAACUUCAAUCGUCACUACGCCGAGUAUGCAGGUUACUGGCAAACCACCGAUUUCAUCAAGAGUAUCAAGGAAGAGGAACAGCCAAUCAAGUUCUACGAUUCUGUCACUGGUGCCCACCUAUUCACUGCCCCCGUUGGACGAACAAUGGAGGAAUUCCUCAAAGAGAGCCAAGGUCAUGGUUGGCCCUCAUUCCGUGACGACGAAGUCAACUGGGAUUACGUGCGCUGUUUGAAUAACGGAGAAUGCAUUUCCACAACUGGUACCCACCUUGGUCACAAUCUCCCCGAUGGCAGCGGAAACAGAUAUUGCAUCAAUUUGGUCAGCGUUGCAGGAACUCCAGAAGAAGACUAA